AGUUUGUGUGUGUGCGGCAGCUUCAUCGAACGUGCUGCUCCUCCACCUGUGUGCCUGUGCGUCCGCGUGUGCCGCACGAAGCUUGCUUUAUUCUUCCCCCCCCCCUCUGCUGUGCCUUUCGCCGUAGCCGUUGCAGCUGUGCACACUUCUGGUUCUGCUGCUACUGCCGUUGUUGCUGAGGAGUUGCACGUCGGUUUUGCCUUAUUCUCUGCGCCCACCUUUUGCGUCAGAGCGAAAAACGCGAGACCCUCUUUGGAGUCUUUAUUUAUCCCCCCUCGUUUGUUUGUGAGUCAUGUCGAUGCAACUGUUUAGCUUCGGGCACCCCUGCGAGCACCAGCUCCAUCGUGCCUGCAUAGGAGGGUCGAACUGCCCUCUCAACGGCUACCCCGACACGUGGUGCUGCAGCUUCAUUAAGGGCAAGAUUAACUUCAAGCGCGAUCGGCCGUGCGAGGGUCCGCGAUGCCACUGGGACUUCGUGCAUCCCUCGCAGAGCCAGUUUGAUGAGGUAACGCAAGUGCUGGAGCAGAGUCGCCCCAUCGCGGCAAAGCUGGAUGAAGCAAAGGACACGGAUCUGCUGUCAUUUCAGAUCAACAACCCCCACAUUAUAGACACGGUGCAGUGUGCACUGCACAUGAUGCGGUACCCGCCUAGCACGUGUGCGCGCAGGGUGGGACAGCUGCUCGCCUACGCCGCCGUGCUCGCCGGGGAUCAGGAUGUUUUUGUGCAGCUGCUCAAGACGAUGAAGAAGCCCGUCGAUGGGUACAUCUUAGGCGCCUACGCGUACUUGACGCAAACCAAAGCCGGCGGCGGCAGCGCCGGUGGCGGAGAUAAGGGGGGCGCGAAUCAGAAAGGGAACAAGAAGCAAUCGAAGAAGAAGGACGGCAAGGACGACAUCACCGCUACCCUAGCGAACACCAUGGUGGAGUUGAUGAACGCGGCGCUGAGCCUCGGCGGGCAGCUCGUCGACCGCGAAGAUCAGCACGUCUUGCAGGCCAUGCUGAUCAAGGCGCUCUCCACCUACCCGAAGGGCGACAAGCGGCAUCAGGAGAUGCUGGAGAAGGCCAUCGCGAAGUUCGGCCACCGAAAGCUGGACGAUGAGGAGGAGGCGGCAGCGAAGCGGGAGGCGGCCCGGCGCGAGGCAGCCGCAGCGGCCGCGGCAGCACCACUCGCUCCGGACUUCACGAACACCACCUGCCUCUCCGGCGCCACCUCGACAGCGACGAACACGGUGACGAACGCAAACAGGGGCGAGGCAUCGGGUGCCCCCGCCGCAGCCCAGGAACCGCCCGCGGCGGCGGCAGCAGCAGCAGCGACCACCACGGCGCCUCCGAUGCAGUCCACCACCCCAACCGCCAUUGCCAUCACCGCGGCCACCACCGCUCCAGCUCCGACGAACUCCUCGGAGACUGCGACCACGUCGGCGAAGGAGUACGCCAAUGCUGCUGCUGCUGCGGUGACAACGCCGACUACGGCAUCCACCGAGGCAGACGCCAAAGCGCUGCCGCCGCCUGCGCCUGCGCCGUCGUUGUCGUCUGCGGAGCGGCGAACACCGCGCGAGACACGCGAGGAGGCGACGGCCGGGGCCACGCCCAAGACCGCCUUCUCCUCCGCCCCCGGCACGCCUGCCACGGCGGCCGUGGUGAUCGCCAGCACAAAUCUCUUCAACGCACCGCCGCUCUUUAGCACCUCGGCGAACACCCUGCCCUCUCCUCAGCAGACGUUGACGCAGAUCUCGCCCUUGGCUACCAUCUCCACAAAUGCUGCUGCGGCUCCCGCCUCCGCAGUCGCCGCUGUUCGUCCGCCAUCGCAGCCCGUCGCCAUAUCGACCGCUGCGAACACCGCCGUCUUCCUUGCUGUGCCGCCUGGCGCGCAGCCGCCGCCACUUCAGCAGCAGCAGCAGCAGCCGUGCCCGUCCCACAUACAAGCGCCUGCUGCGACCGGCCCGAUCAUCGGCAUCAGCAAGAUUUUCCCGACCCUCCGCAAGUACGCCAGUCGGUUCGACAGGCUCAGUUUGUGGACGUUUCCCCCCACCGAUAGCACAGCACCAGAUCAGUACCUGUGCGGUGGCCAGCUCUCUGUGAAGUCGCACCUGUGGGGCCCCACCCCACUGGGCGAGGCGGCGCCGCAGCUUCCCAUGGACGGCGUGACGCAGAGACUCGCAAAGUACAUCGCAGAAACGCGGAGGGACGAAUCAGAGGCGGCGGCGCGAGUGGCAGAACACGCCAGCCUGCCUGUGGUGUCCGCAGGGGAUGCCGGUAGGAACACGUUCACCCGUUUCGACAGUGACGACUCGUACGCGUUUUAUAAAUACUCGGAUGAUGAGGAUUCCGACGAUGAUUGGUAG